UAAACAUUACGUCAUUACUACACUGUCGUCCAUUUUAUAACGCCGUAUAUGUUGACAAUUUCCAAGUGCGAAAAGGUGGUAUCGUUUUCUUUCUCUGAAAAUUUGCUUCAUUCAACAGACGUGUUUUGAAAAGAGCAAGCUAGGCUUUCAUUCACAAAUUUAUUUUGAGUUGAAUUUGUCGUGGAAUGUUUUGCAUUUCAUUAUUCAUUAAAUAAUGGAAGUUCCAUCAAUGUCUGGAAUUCUCUCAAUUCAGUUUUUUCUUUUGUUGAUUUGGCUCAUUUUGAGCGAGUACUUCGUUGCUGGUAGUGACAAAGUUCGUCUUCGUGAUAUUGAAGUACUUACCCUAUACCAAGGCAGAAUGACUAAAGGAAGGAGAAGUACUCCCAUUCCUCAGUUAACAUGCACAGGUGGCUCUGCUGGUUGUUCAGCAUUUAUUCCAGAGGUCAUACAAUGUUAUAAUCGGGGAUGGGAUGGCUAUGAUGCCCAGUGGGAAUGUAAAACAGACAUGGACUACAAGUACAGAUUUGGCAAGAUUCAAGUAAACUGUGAGGGAUAUGAUUACCCUGAUGAUCCUUAUAUACUUCGAGGCUCCUGUGGGUUGCAGUACUCCAUUGAAUUGACAGAUAAGGGGUACGCAAGGAAACGUUCCUCAAAUAAUCAGGGAUGGAGAAAUUAUGAAAGAGGAAGUCGAACAAGGUAUAGCAGCAUUGGUUCAUCUGGCUUUGGUGAUUUGUUUAUGUUUGUUUUUGUUGCUCUAAUUUUCUUUAUGCUGUUCAAGACGUGUGUCAGCAACCGAAAUAAUUUAGACAACGAAACAAUGUCCCAUCCUUACAAUCCAGAUCCUAAUUACAGAGGUACUCAAGGAUCAAAUGGGCCACCUCCCCCUUAUAGUGCGGACCCUCCUGGCUUUAAACGAGAGCAUGCAAGAGGAACAGAACGAACAGCGGGCUCAGGAACAUCAACAGAAUCAAGUGGUUAUCCAGGAUUCUGGACAGGAGCUGCAGCUGGAGGAUUGCUGGGAUACCUUUUUGGCGGAGGAAGCAGAACCAACUACUAUCAAAAUCCUUAUAACAGCGCUUGGGGUAAUGGUUGGAGGGGACAACCUUAUUACGACACACCGUCAUACCAUAACACUGGUCACUAUGGCAAUAUUGGUGGCUUUUUUGGCAACUGGUUUGGAGGAAGUGGGUCUUACCGCCCUUCUCAUUCUUCAUACGGAUUUUCAUCAUUUGACAGCUCAUCAUCCAGAUCUAGGUCGUCGUCCCCGAGUAGCGGAAGCCGAACCGCUUCAGGUAUGGGAGGUACUUCAAGACGAUGAGUUAAAAUACGACGACGGAGAAGGAUUUAAUGCCAGCUGUAUUAUACUUUCUAUUGCAGUCCAGUUCGGUUUGUAGUUGAUUAUAGUUGAUCAAACUGUGCCGUGUAAAAUAUUUACUAAAGCUAUAUUGUCGAUUCACGCGCAAAGGUGUCAAAUAAUUGUUAAACGUAAGUGAAAUGUUGCACAAGUUGUAGUAUAGUUUUUGUGAUUACCUUGUUUAGAAAUAAAAAUCAAAAUGACUCGUGC